AUUGUUCCAGUAUAACAUCCCCAGAAAAGGCAGUGUGACGAGGGGGGGUUAGCUAAGUGGGAGGUUGAGAUGUUAGCUACGUUAAUUUCUCGGCCACCCAUAACAGUCAAUAUAUGCCCGCGGAGUACGCUCAAUCCUGAGCUGUUAUGGGAGGUUAUUUUCUCCCCUUUGGGGGCUUUGCCCUACCUAAAGACAUUUUGUACUUUUGUAAAUAUUGGGUGUUCGUCUGCUGGUAUCUUCCAUUUGGGCGUGGGUGCUGCUGUUUUCAGUACACAAGCGCAGGCACUCUACCCUGCAGAUUGUGGCAACGGAUGUCUUCAAUUCCAAAAGUUUGGCCAUUCAGGCCCAGAAGAAAAUUCUUGGCAAAAUGGCAUCCAAAUCAAUAGCAACUGCUUUGAUAGAUGAUACCAGCAGUGAUGUGUUGGAUGAACUCUACAGAGUGACAAGGCAAUACAUACAAAACAAAAAGGAAGCGGAGAAGAUAAUUAAAAAUCUCAUUAAGACUGUAAUCAAGUUAGCAAUCCUCUACAGGAAUAACCAGUUUAAUCAGGAAGAGAUAAUCCUUAUGGAGAAGUUCAAGAAAAAGGUUCACCAGCUGGCCAAAACUGUGGUGAGUUUCCAUCAAGUGGAUUAUACCUUUGACAGAAGUUUUUUGUCAAAACUGUUGAAUGAGUGCAGAGACCUGCUUCACCAAAUCAUUCAGCGUCACCUAACUGCAAAAUCUCAUGGACGUGUCGACCACGUGUUUGAUCACUUCUCAGAUUGUGAAUUUUUGGCUGUCUUGUACAAUCCAUUUGGAUCUUACAAGUCUCACUUGCAGAGACUCUGUGAUGGCGUCAACAAAAUGUUAGAUGAAGGGAAUAUAUAAGUAACAUCAUCAGUGUUAACUGGUUGUAUAUUCAUAGUCUGAGGACUGCUAAUGGUCUCUUUGAUUCAGUGAAGGAGGGCUGGAAAAACUGUGGUAGGUAAUGAGGAAGGUGAAUACCAAACAAAAGCUAAAUAUUUAGAAAUUGCUUCAUCAGAUUGACCCAUUUAUUUGGAAUCGCCUAUUGCUAUUUGUUUCUUUUUGCAAUACUUUGCUUUAAAAUGUGGAAUAAUAAAACAAGUAAAGAGGACUGCUCGUGAAGUAGGGCUUUUGUAAAAUAGACAGGAAAAAAUGUAUAGGAAGAUAAUCAAAAUCAAAAUGCAUAUUUCUAGAGGUAGAAGAGUAUUUAUAAUCCUACAAAGGAUCAAUAUUUUUAUAUAUACAAAACAUGACUAUGGCACAUAAAUGACAACUGGAGUUAGAUUUAACAGAACCUAUUGUAAUUCAUCUAAAUUCAUAUAUGCUAUAAAUAAAUGCUUAGGUCAAAUGGUCUUAGUUAUACUGGUAUAACAGUUCUAUUUCUUAGGGCUGGUUCUCAUGUAAAACAAUAAGAGACCACACAGUUGACUUUGAAACAUGCAAGGCUGCCGCCAGGCUCAUCUGGAAAUACUCCAUUGGCAUAAACUGACAUCUGUACAUGGCAGUCUCCAUUCCCAUAAUAAUCGUAGUUGUUCAUCAAGCUGUUGUCCUGUGGUUAUUGCAUCUGCAUAUACUUUCCAUAUACUGGCACUGUUUCAAAUAGCAUACUUCCAUGGAAGCCCAGUACAUCCCACCUCUAAACCUCAUGGCAUGCAUUUGCAAGUCAUUCGCACAAUGGCUGCCUCAUAUGAACCUGCCUUUAAUCAUUUCAUCUAAGAUUUUGGUUUGUUAAUGUAUAGUACAAUAAUUUUGCAUUCCUUACCAGGUGAUUGGUAUGGAUUUUAUUGAUUUAUUGUUACUUUUAAUAGGCUACUCUAAUAAAAUGUGGCCAGGAAAACUG